AUGGAGGGGCCAAAACCCCUGGGGCCCUGUGGACACUCUCAUCCCCAGUGUCCCCCAGCCCCAGUUUCAAACAGUCACAGAGGAUGCCUAGAUCAGCCCUGCCAGGGAUUUGUGAGGUGGUCCUGUCUGCCCCGGCUUCAGUCCACUCAGUCACUAGAGUCUUCCAGGCUUUUCCCUGCUCCGGGGACAGGGGGUGGGGGACCCAGAGUGGGAGAAGAGGCACCUGGGAUAUUUCUGUCAAGUGAAGAAGGAGAGAUGUCACGGCAGAGAGCUCAAGAGGCAGCAGUGGCCAGACGAGAAGUGGAGGCUGAGGUAGAGUGGGGCUGGCCCCUGCAUCCAGAGCAUGAAAAGGGGCCGCCUAGGCAGACAGGAUUCCCCAUCUCGGGACCCAGGCCCUGCCCAUGUCCAACCCUGCCUCCUGGAGGAGGGGCCACAGCCUCACCUAGGACAGCUCCCACGCAGCUCCAAGGUGGGACGCUGGAGUCUGCUGAGCAAUCCUUUCUGCAGCUGGAGCAGGAGAACCACAGCCUGAAAAGGCAGAACCAGGACCUUCGGGAGCAGCUGGGGGCCCUCCUGGGGCCAGGGCAGCAGUUCCUGCCUCUGUGUGCCGAGCACUCAAGCUGCACAGCCCUGGCCUGGUCCCCUGAGCCAGCCAGCACCCGGCCCCUGGAAGACAGGGCACCUGUGCAGCUGUUACCGCAGCAAGAGCUCUGGCAGGGGGAAGAGUCCUUUGUGCGGCAGUCCCAGAAUGAGCUGCAACAGAUCCGGCUGUCCUUUGAGAGAAAGAAGAUGGCCAUCACCGAGGUGUGGGAUGGUGUGGCCGAGGUACACAUGGCUCUCAACAACCAGGCCACCGGGCUCCUGAACCUCAAGAAGGACAUCCGGGGUGUGCUAGAUCAGAUGGAAGACAUUCAGCUGGAGAUUCUGGGGGAGAGGGCCCAUUGCCGCACUCAGGCUAGGAAGCAGCAACAGAUGGCAUGCACGGAGAAAGGCAGGCCACACCUGGGAUGUUCCGAGGGCCUAAAGGGCCAGCUCUGGCUGCUGGCCUUGAGGCUGCUGCUGGGUGCCCUGCUGGCCUGCACAGCGGCCUACGUGUACGUGGUGGACCCCGCACCUUUCGAGGGGUUGGUGCCACCCCUGCUGAGCCGAGCCGCUGUCUGGAAGCUCAGGGCCCUACUGGGCCCCUUCUUACGCCUCGAGGUGGACGACUUCCUGCCUUUCUAG